AUGCAGUAUGCAUCAACUGAUACGAAUACGAUAAAGGACAGUCAAAAUUGGCAGUCGGUGACCAAUUUAUCUGAACUCCAAAUUUCACCCACUAGUGAAAUGUUGUAUGACCAUGAUUUUGAUCUGAAGAAUCUGUCGGAUGAAUUAUCGUCAUCUGAAAAUUCCAAAAGAUCCAAUUCGUCUACGACUACUGGAAGUGCGGUGUAUUUUACCCAGGUCAUGAAAUUGCCGAAAGUCAAUCCUACUGAUGAAGUAGAUGGGCACAUGUCGCAUCAAAAACUCGAAAAGCAACUCGAACUAAAUGAGAUGCAUCUAAAUCUUGAAAGUGAACGUCCUUCUGAUGCCGAGAAUCCUAUUUCUUCGUCUUCAUCUUGCGGGAAAUUUCUAGUCACACUUUCGGAUUCCGCACGUGAGUUGAGUGUCAUAUCAGAACACAGUGAUGCUUAUGUUGAAAAUGAAAUGCGUAACUCGGACAUAUCAAUAAAUGAGCCUAGUUUACUUGAAAAAAAUCAUCGUGAAAGAGCUGUUGAUGUUGAUGGUAUUAUUUCACAGCAUCGUCGUUGGCAUUCUGAAAGCAGAAAUAUAGUCAAAAAGACAUGUAAUCAAGAAGAACGGGUACCAUUAAAGAAAUCAGUGCCGCUGCGUAAUUCGCCAUCACGAAAUGGUGAACUUUCGGAGCGAUGUAAAAGUCAAAUGAUUUUGAAAGAGGAAAAUAAUUUCAUCAAGAAUUGGGCAAAACUUCAAGUAUUGGACGGCAUCAAGAAUUUAUCAUCCUCAUCUCCGAACGUUAAUGAAAUGGCUAUACCAUCUCCAUCUCAUGAAGAUAAUUCUGAACAAGUAGUACAAGAUAUGCAACUUUAUCCAACUGUUCAACAUAAAGAAAAGUAUAAAUGGAAAGAAGCUUUACCAGCAGCAUUUGGACCACAUCAGGUUAUUGGACCGAUUCAACGAUCUUCUCGAACAGUAGCUACUGGUUCUAUGCGGAAGGCAUCUGAUAGUUCUAUACAAUAUGAAAAGAAAAUUCGCGUUGAAAAGAAACAUUCACGAAGGACAAGCACACUUUUCGACUUCUUUCGCAAACCCGAUUUACGGAGCUUUUCGGAUGUUGUCACACCGGUUAAUGAUAAACGAUCGACAAUUGCAGAAGGAUUUGAUGGGACAUUGGAUACUUUCACAAAACCAUUAUUAGACAAAAUACCGAAUACAGUUGGCACAAAUGAUGGCCGUUACUUAGCUGCCCAUUUCAACAAAGAAUCACAAAAAUUUAUUCCAGAAGUGAACAAACCAGAAUGGGCUGACCUGGAUUUAUGGAUUGAAGAACCGGCAACAUGGUCGUCUACUAACUAUUCUCUCAAAUUAAGUAAAAAAGAGCGGAAGAAACAAGAUAUUAUUCAUGAGCUGUAUUUAACUGAGAAACAUCACUGCCAAGUACUGGUAAUUCUUCAGCAAGUAUAUCAAGAAGGACUUCGAAUAAAGGGUAUUAUGGAUGAGGCAAAACAGAGCGAAUUGAUUCCACCCGUGUUGGAUGCAUUACUUGAUUUUCAUCUUAAUUUUCUGCGACAGCUGAACCAGAAAAGAUUAGAAACAGAAGUUGUUAAUUCGAUAGCAAAAAUUAUUUACUCAGAGUUUGAAAAUGGAGAACGAAAUCAGGCUGCAGUAUAUGCUUAUACGGAAUUCUGUUCAAAGUACGAUCAAUGUGGUCGUUUAUAUGACGAAUGGAUGUUAAAAAAUGCUGAGCUUAGGAAAUUUUUUGAUCAAUAUGAACAAGAUUCAACUUAUAAAGGACGAACGUUCAAAAUGUGUUUGCUGCUAAUUGCUCAGAGAUUGACUAAAUAUCCUGUACUAGUUGAAAAAAUUACUGAGAUGGAAAGUGGUGCAGCAAAAGAAGAAAGCGUACGGGCUCAUCAAGCAGUGAAGAAAUUUGCGAUGCAUGUUAAUAAUGAAAUUGCUAAGUUAGAAGUAUGUAGGCGUUGGGAUCGAAUAUGUUCACAAAUGGAUCAUUCAUCAAAAGGUCGAUUUGGACCGAAUGAUUUUUUUACAUAUGAUGAUCUCAUAUUAAAUGGCAAUGAUGAGAAACGACGUGUAAUUUGCAUAGGUGGUGCAGUUUGUCAGAAUUCGCAGAAAAAACAAACUGAAGGAACAGGUAGACUUUUCGUUGAAUGA